UUAUUCUCUCAAACAUAAGCGCUAUCAUAUCUUAGUCUUUCCUUACCAAUCAAGCUAUUGUGUUUCUCCACAUUUAAAGUGGAGAAACAAACAGUAAGCAGCUGUGCAGAAUAACAGCUAGAACCAUACUUGCUGCUUACAAGGUGCAAAACCUUUUCAGGGUCUUCUGUAUAUGUUUAGAUAACAUUCCUUUUGACCUCCCAGGUCAUGCAUCAUGGAGAAAAAAGCCUUUAAUUAGUGACUUUCAAGUCCAUCUGAGAAUAUAGGGGGAAAAGUGUCAUGGAAAGUCUUGUAAUAGCUCCAGACUUUGUCUGCUCUAAAGCCAUUGGUGACGUUCUGUUUUAUGUCUUACAUGGUGCAUAUAACUUGGUGAGCAAAGGCCUUGAAACUCAUUUACUGAUCACAUCAGUGCUGUGUGCUGCCUGAUGAGCACUGGACACAGUGGUGACCCACACUUAGGAGAGUGGAGCCACUUCCUCCCUCAGUGUUCUGCAGACACUGCAGUGGGUCAGAGGUGUUUGGACAGUGCUGGAAUGCAAAACCUAAAAACAGUGCUCUGAGAAGUGCUACUGUAAAUACACUCCAAGGAAUGGAAAAAUUCAGAAAUGCUUGUUCAGCUUCUUAGUCCUGUGCUGAUGAAUGUUCUCUUUCCAAGGCUACUGGAACACAAUGUCCUAUUAAUUACAUAAAUGACUCAGAAUUAUGGUUUCCCCCAUGCUGUAUGGUGACAAUUUACAAAGCUUGUUUGGAACAGGUAUUUUUUAAUAGGGUACUGGUGAACAGUAGAAGUCUGACUCAAGAGCCCCCAGAUUCCCAUAGAUGGAUGCCUUUUGCUGAGUCUGCUGGCUGGAUAUUGAGGAAAAUCUACUUAGGGCAGAUGCUCAGUGCUGUGUACUAUUAGUGAGAGAGAAAACAGUUCUCUGUGGAGAAUGUUAUCCUCAGGAAAGAACUGUAAGUGGCAAUAGGCAAGGAAUGUAGUUGUCAUGUUCCAAGUUUGUUGUUACAAUUUCUAUAAAUCAGUUAAGUAGCUGGCAUAUGACAGACUGCCAUCUGAACACUUGAGUUUUGCUGAGUGUUUUCAGUACUUCUUGUUUUGAGAAGCAAUUCCGUUUGGAUUUCAGAAGUAAGCAAGAAUCUCUGUUUCUUGUAAAACAAGAGAUACCACAAGCAGUUGCUGCUUCCAGUGAAGUCUGACAGAAAACUGAGCCGUGGAGGGCCAGUACCUGUAGCUGAUUUACUCCUCCAUGAGCAGCAGAAGCACUUCUUAACUCCCACUGAGUUCGUGACUCAACAGGACAGAGUAACUGCUUCCUUAUACAGAGACACAAGUUCCUUUUUCCCCAUUGAUGCAGUAACUCCUAUUAGUAGGAGUUCAACAAGAGUGUGUGUGUCACAAACAAAGCAGAGGUUCCUAGGGAGUUUGAAACCUGGGAAUACCUCUUUUCCCCACCUCAAACAUUGUAAUUCUAGUAAUUGCCAUUAAUUCAAGUACAUAAGUAGCAUAAAACUAUGUAGAAAACAUAUGGGCAGGAAUGUUCCAACAGAUUCAUUUAGAUUAUGAAACUUUAUUGUCUUGGAAGAGAACAGUAAUUCACAGUUGAGGAACUUCUGAAAUUACACACAAAAAAAUCUCCCAUUAGCAUGUCAGUAUUCAAAAAGGAAUUUACACCAAUAACUUCUUCAGUUGCAAGGUUUCAGGCUGACCAGAAAUAAAUCUCCAUAGGAUUAAUUUGCUGUUGUUGCUAUUUCUCUAAAUGUGCCUUUUUCACUUCAGCAGGGGCAUCAAUGUGUUCAAGAUACAUAUUUGAAAGGUGGGAAACUAGUGGAAGAGUUGCAACUUUUUGAAGAUACAAACCUUACCACAUCUAGAAAGUAAUAAAGGAAACUUCAUCUACGCUUUAUCAAAAUGCAGCGGAGUCUAUUACAUUCUGUAUCUCAGCUAGCACACGGGACAUGUUGGUUCUUCUCUCGUACCGGUGUCUUUCAGUGCUUAAAAGGACAGUCUGUGUUGUCUAAUGUGGGAUGCAAAGUGAUUCUGGCACUGGACCCUCCUAAACGAUGUCUUCAUGCAAGUGCAGCUCACUUUGCCUCAAAGAAAACUGCUUUUUCAUCACAGCCAGCAGAUGCUUCUCACAAAGUACCAGAAGAGAGAAAUCCUUUGCCUUCAGCCACUGAUGCACCCAAGCAGAGCCCUGCAGAGUUGGAUUCUUCAGAACCUGAUCCAUUACAAGAUAAAUCAAUUAGUCUUGUUCAGAGAUUCAAGAAAACUUUUAAGCAGUAUGGCAAAGUUAUGAUUCCAGUGCACCUUCUGACUUCCACUGUAUGGUUUGGAUCCUUUUACUAUGCAGCCAUGAAUGGGGUGAAUGUUGUUCCAUUCCUAGAGUUGAUUGGCUUACCACACAGCGUAGUAGACAUACUGAAAAAUUCCCAGAGUGGAAAUGCCCUAACUGCAUAUGCAUUGUAUAAAAUUGCAACUCCUGCCAGAUACACUGUGACUUUGGGAGGAACAUCCUUCACCGUUAAAUAUCUACGAAAGCAGGGCUACAUGUCCACACCACCACCAGUAAAGGAAUACCUACAAGACAGGAUGGAGGAAACAAAGGAUAAAAUUACAGAGAAGAUGGAGGAAACAAAGGAUAAAAUUACAGAGAAGAUGGAAGAAACAAAGGAUAAAAUUACAGAGAAGAUGGAGGAAACAAAGGAUAAAAUUACAGGGAAGUUACAAGAAACCAAAGAUAAAGUUUCAUUUAAAAAAAUAAAGGAGUAGGAGAGAUGCUUAAUUUUUUGAUAUAUCAAAUUUAGCACUUUAACCCUUUGUGAGGCAGGAUAGGCAAAGUGCACUUCUGAGCUCUUUUUCUUUUUUCCUUUUUUUUUUUUUCCCCUUUGUAUGGAGACUACACUUGCUACAUGGAUUUAAAAUUUAAAGUUCUUUUGGGAAGACAUUAUGACAAAAUUUCAAUUUACAGAAGGAAAAGUGAAUCUCAGAUUAAAAGUUAACAUGUCCCUUGGUAAUAAUGUUAACAAUAACUCUUCCCUCUUAUUUUUUCCACACCCUCCUCCUCAAAAUGAAGGCGAUCUCUGCCAAAACCUACUACUCUGUUCUUCUCCCAUCAUAGUGCACAGCCAUGGUUCCACUAGACUGAGCCUUCCAUUAAAUGAUAACGAAGAUUUCUCUGCUGGGAAGAGCAGUAUGUUUAGGUUUUUAGAGUAUGUGGACCCAAGCCUCUUCAAUCGUGAUCAUCUCUCAGUUUGGAGCAGACCGAUACUGCACAUGAAGCAAUUGAUGGAUCAGCUACUCAGCAGGAAUUAAUUACAAUGGCUUCCUUGGUGGUUUACAGGUUGAGACUAUGAAUCUUUCUUGAACAGUGCAUCUCUUCAGAAAUCUCAACUGAAAGCUGUAGGAAGAUGAGUUAAUCGCAGUAGCCAUACUGUCAAGUAUACUUUGUUUCCAAGUUGAUUUACAGUACAAAGUCAUUAAAUUAAUCAAUAAUUGUAUAUUAAACAGUAAGAUUUGUUCAUUGUGUUAAAAGUUUACAAACCUGCUCUAUUUCGUUUCUAAAACAAAAAAAUUGAAAGAGAAGCUUUAUUUGAGAAAUUGCUAUGCUAAGGCGCUUUUUAAACACAUGGAAAGUUAGAGUUAAACCCCAAAGUUCUUCCUCCUGUCUCAUACCUCAGUAAAACAAUUUGACUAAAAUAAGCAUGAUUUCUGAGACAGUGCUCACAGUCUACCAAACUUUUUUCCCCCUAGAUUAAGUCAAGCAAACACUUACUCAUACCUGAAGGCUGAAAUGCUGUCUCAGAUGUCAUAAAAGACUAAAGUUGAAGCUGUUCUAUUUGGCUGGGCAGGCAAAUGUCUCUCAGUUUUACUCAAAUGUAGGGUAAACUGAAGUGUGUUUUUCCUAUUUCUACUACAGAUCUUACUUUGUAGCAACUCAGCAUGUGUAAAGUUGUUUAAAAAAGGUGCUUUUUUGCAGGGGUAUAUGGGGAAGCAACAGAGUUGGACCCUGAGCAUUACAAUUGACUGGAGUAAAAAAGUACAGCUGGUGAAGUGAUCAGCUCUGCCUCACUGUCCUGUUUUCAUUCAAGUCACUGAGCGCUUCAAUGUGUUUAAGUGAGUUGAACUUCAUUAACUUAAUUGUGCAGGAUUGAUUGCAUACUUCUCUGCCUCUGCCCACAUGUAAAAUAGUAACUGCAAUCUAAUGCCUACCUCACAGGGAUGUUGUGAGGAAUAAUCAUUGUAUAUUCAGCAACCUGAAGAUGUAAAGUGCCAUGUUUCUGAUAAAUAUUAUUAAAAAAAUAUUUCUGUGAACUCUUA